AUGCUCGCCAAAGUCUACUUUCUUAUUGCAUUCGCAACCCUGGGAAUGGCCAUGCCUCAACGUGGCAACAACAACAAUAACAACAACGGGGACGCUCAACAGGCUCGUGUUGAAGACCUUCGCAAUAAGGGACUCACGUGUAAUGACCGAGGCGAUGGUAUCUUUGUCUGCGAUGACGGUCUGGGUGGUAAUUGGUCAGUACAAGUGUCUUUGGAUUGCUAA